AUGGACGAGUUUCCAUACGUGCUCCUGGUAGAGGGCCAGUGGGACCCCAAACUGAAAAAUAAAAUAACUAUCUAUUUUCAAAGUAAGAAUAAAUCGGGCGGAGGAAACUGUGUGGUUGAACUUGAUGCCGAAGGACGAAAAGGAACUGUGCGAUUCAAAGACGAGGAAGUGCGACAGCGAGUACUACAGAAACAGAAUCAUGAACUAAAAACUGGUCAACAAACUGUGAAAAUGACCGUCAGUCUUCCGCCAUCAGACGUCUCAAAUGUGAAAGAAUCGACAUCUUCAGUCAACAAACCCCCAGCAGCACCAAUCCUGCACACUGAGGCUUCUGACAUUACCAAAAGGAAGGCAGACUCGUGUUCUGCGCUGCAGCAUUCAACACUAGACCACAAAAAGCCGAAGCUUUUGGGUGAACCGAAGAGUGAAGAUAAUGAAGAGGUCAAGGCAACUGAGGAGGAAGAUGAUGGAACCCGUAGACAAGCUGUAAUUGAAAACAUUCAAAACAGUACUCAAGAUUUUUUGCAAAUGUUGGUGGAAAAUGUACUAAAGGGAACACCUGCUGAGUUAAAUGACUUCAAUAUUGAAGUAAUACAAGAGAGCAAUUGUGCAGUGGUGACCUUCUCCUGUAACAAGGAUACAGAAAACUUCAUUUUGUCUGGCUCAUGCUAUUCAGUAAUUAAGAAGAAACAAAUGAGAGUCAGAAUACUUGAGACGACAUUAAAAGUGAAAGCUGAAGCUUUACCUUUCAAUAUAAACUCUGAUUUGCUCAUGCUGUAUUUUGAAAAAUUUGGGGACGUAGAAGACAACAUGGUGGUAUCUGAAAAGGAACAUUCAGCAAUAAUCACUUUUAAAGAUCCCGCAGUUGUUCACGCAGUUAUAAAAAGCCAGCAUGCAAUCAAAAGCCAGCAUGUACUGAAAAAGCAGCCGUUCAGAGUACUGCCAUAUUAUGAAUCUUUACAGACAGCUCUUUAUGGUAAAAACAGACCCUCCCUGAAACUUCCAGAGACUCUUACUGAAAACAUAGAUCCGACUAUAUGGUGUCACUUAAACAAGAACAAAAAAUCCAUGGAUUUGAUCAACAAAGCUAUGUCCACGUCUUUUUGCAAAUUGGAUUUUGGCUCCCCAGAUGUGAAAAUCACUCCUUUGCCUUCCCUACUUCAGCAAGGUGGGCAAACAAGAAAACUCAUCCAGUCCUGGAGAGAAAAUACCUCCUCCUUGUUCUCAGAGUCAAUAUCUCGGUUCAAAUCUUUUGAGCUGCUCGUUCAAAAGGAUGCAUGGAGUGAAAUAGAACCUGAAAUUCAAAAAGCAGUAGCAGCGGUGCCGGUCACACUCGUUCCCAACAUCGUCCAGGGAGCAAUGGCUGUAGUUGGCUUGAAAGAAGAUGUGACCAGUAUUGAAAGCGAUCUAAAAGAAAUUGUUGAGAGAAUCACCCAGAAGAUCCAAAGGGAGACGGGCAGUGUGACAGAUAAUAUAGAUAUGCCUCCAUCCAUUCACCAGCUUAUUGUCUGUCAUGGUUUGAAGCAGCAAAUCCUUAACAAAUUUCCAGAAAUGGAGAUCAAUUACCAUGAGAACAACAAAAAACUAACUCUGUAUGGCCUAAGAAAUGAAGUGCUGGAAACUAAGAAUGCAAUACUGCAGGAUGUUGUCAAUUUAAUUCGUAGACCUGUGGAAGUACACCAAUCUGUUUUAGAUUUUCUUCAUAACAGUGACCUAGAGAAAAUGACCAAAUCUUUGUUUUUUACAAAAGGAAUCGAUGCAUCAUUAGAACCUGAUGGAGAUAGAGUUUUGCUUAUUGGCAAAACAGAAAGUGAUAUAAAGGACGGUCAGUUGCAACUAAAAACAGAGCUGGGACAUCUGAGUUUUGAUGUAGAAGAUGCUGGUGUUUUGACAAGAUUAGAUUGGCAAGACCUUAUCUCUAAUAUUAAAAACAAAGAGUCAGGAGUUACAAUACAGACAACUGUCAAACAAGUUCUCAUUUCUGGCUUUGCACAAGACAUCCACGGUGUUGAAAAACAAUUACGUGAUUUUGUUAUUGAAAACUCUAACAUUGAGAAAACCCUUAAGGCUCACAAGACCGUGAUCAAAUUCAUAAAGCGACACCGAACAAAAGACUGGCUCGAAGAUGUGAAAGGGAAGGUCAAUGUUCAGUUCAAAGAUGAAACAAUUGUGAUUGAUGGGCCGAGACUUCAUGUCAGUCAGUAUGUGCCUCUGUUUGAGAAGCUGCUUACAUCAACUCACCACUGCGUCUUUAAAGUUGCUAAACCAGGAGCGAAGAAGUAUUUUAAAGAAAAGGAGUCAAUGUGGGCUCCAAUAGCCAAGAAUGAUAUGGAUUGUUUGGUGGAAUUAGUAGACGAGGAUGAUCACCUUGCCCCAGUUAAACCAAAGAUAAAAUCAGUUUAUGAAUUUAAAACACCUGAUGGAGUGGAGAUCACAGUAAACAAAGCAGACAUAUGUUUAUUUAAAGUGGAUGCUAUAGUUUGUGGAAGCAAUGAAGCUCUCCUCCUGGAUGGAGGAUUAGCGAAGGCACUUUCUAAUGCUGAUGAUAAACUUCAGGACGCCUGCGACCAGGUGGGCACAAGGAAGAAGCUGACAAUAAGUGAUGCCAUUGUCUUGGACGCAGGAGGACGCCUGCUAUGCAAACACAUCAUCUUUGCAUUAGCACCACAUUACCGUCCCAAUUACCAGAAUGCAGUGAGUCUCCUGGGGAAAACUGUCAGAAAGAGUUUGAAUCUGGCUGAUCAAGAAAACUGCCAGUCAGUGGCAAUCCCAGCCAUUGGCUCUGGUGCGUUUGGCUUUCCUCCAGAUCUUUGUGCAGAAACCAUCGUGAAAUCAAUAAAAGAUUUCUGUGAAAUUAUUGGUGGGAACUUUGUUACGAAACAAAUUCACCUAGUUGACAAUAACGAUACAACAGUUCAGGCUUUUCAAGCUGCUGUGCAAAAAAUAUAUGGGGUCAGUGCAAGCAGCAACCAGCAGCAAGGUCAAAGCCAAGCAAGUUCUUCUCAAAGCCAAGCAAGUUCUUCUCAAAGCCAAGUCCACAGACCACUUGCAACCCCUCAAGGAUCAUCUCCCAGUAUUCAAACAAAAGAAGGUUUAACCAUCACUCUUAAGACAUGUAACAUUGAGGACACAACCAUGGAUGUUGUGGUGAACACUCUCAGCUCUGACCUGAAUCUAGGUGUAGGAGCUGUUUCAAAUGCUCUUCUGAAAGCAGCUGGUCCACAGCUCCAGGUUUUGGUCAAUCAGCAAGCCACGGCCCCUGUAAAUAUUGGAACGGUCAUUGUAACAGCAGGUGCAAACCUUAAAAACAAACUGGUGUUUCAUGCAGUUGCACCGCACUAUAAUCAGGGAAAAGGCAAUGAGCAGAAGGUGCUGGAAAACAUCAUUGAUGAAUGUUUGAAUCAGGCAGAGCAGCGCCAACAGAAAUCCAUUGUAUUCUCUGCUAUCGGUACAGGAAAUCUAGGAUUUCCAAAACAAGUGGUGAUCGGCUCAAUGCUGGAUUUAACUCUUAAAUUCAGCAGUAAAAGGGGUACAAGGAAUGUCCAGGAAGUAGCAUUUGCUCUUCACCCCCAAGAUGCACAAACCAUUCAGGUUUUCACAGAUGAGUUCAACAAAAAGUUCGCGAUCCAGCCGGCCUCAGCCAAUAACCCCACACAACAAACCAUCUCAGGCCCUUUCUCAAAGGUGACAACCGUAUCUGGGGUUCACGGGACUACAGUGGGAGGAAUAAAAUUUCAGGUUUUAAGUGGUGAUAUCACAGCUGAAAAAACUGAUGUCAUAGUGAACUCCACCAAUAAGGACUUUACACUGAAAGCAGGUGUGUCAAAGGCUAUUUUGGAAAAGGCUGGUCCAAACGUAGAGGCUGAGUGUCAACAACUGGGAACCCAACCCAACAAAGGAUACAUAAUGACACAAGCAGGAAAUUUACAGUGUAAAAAGAUCAUCCACAUUGCAGCACAGAGCAAUGCUGUUCAUAUUGAAAAGCUUGUUAAAAGGGCUCUGGAAAAGUGUGCAAAGGAAAAGUUCACCUCCAUCUCAUUCCCAGCUAUUGGUACAGGACAAGGAGGGCUGUCUCCAGGUCAAGCAGCAGAUGCCAUGAUGGAUGCGGUUGUGAACAUGGUCGGACAGAGUCCACAGUCUUCUCUCAAGUUAAUCCGAAUAGUCAUCUUCCAGGCGCCCAUGCUCAAUGAUUUCUACAAGAGCAUGCAGAAUCGAGAAUACACUAUCAAACAAAAAGACAGUACAUUGUACUCAAGAAUCAAAACAUAUGUUUCCAAUGUUACAUCAUUCCUGACUGGAUCCUGGGAGAAAGAAGUUAGGCAACAUGGCGGGAAAGACUUUGUCAUUGAAGGAAUCAAAAUUGUGCCAGCUUGUUUUUCUAUCUGUGGCCCGACACCAGCAGCUGUGGACAAAACUAAGAAGUUUCUAGAGGAAAUGAUCACACCGGACCAUGUAUUCCAAAAAAUCACUGACACAGCAAUACUUUCCUUUUCAGACAAAGAUCAACAGCGAAUCCAGGACAUGCAAAGCACUUUAGAUGUAUCUAUAAGGCUAGAAUACAAAGCUAAGAAAGGUUCAGAUGAUUCCUCAGGAGUAGCCACACUUAUAGUUGAAGGUCUCAGUCGAGAUGUGCUAAUAGCCUCUCAUGAAAUUCAAGACAUGCUGAAAAGAGCCAAAGAAGAUGAGAUACUAAAGAAAGACAUUGAACAUGUAGGUGAGCUGGUAGAAUGGCAAUACGAACAAGCAGGGCAAUAUAAAAGUUUUGAUCCACGUACAAACUUUGAAUUGGAAAAGGCCCUUGGUGGGGGAGCUACAGACAUUAAAAUCUCCAUACAGGGCCAAGAUUACAAGGUCAAACUGCCUGAGGGUCCUGCUGUGAGCACCACUGGUGGCAAUCAGGUGAACAUCAGACGCAUUGACAAACUGAAAGCAACUGAAAGUAUUCCACAGCAUUGGAGUCCCAUGAAUAAUAAAGACUUGUUCCAAGGAUUCAUAUUGAAGACAACAGAUCCUGAAUACAAUGAUGUUCUCACGCGCUUUAGAGCCACUUGUCCUAAUAACAACGUUUCGAAGAUUGAACGAAUCCAGAAUCCUGGAAUGUGGAAGAACUACCAGAAUAACAAGUGUGUCAUGGAGUUAAAGAAUGGUCAUCAAAACAAUGAGAAAAGACUGUUUCAUGGAACCAGUGAACAGACCAUAAAUCACAUCAAUAAGAGUGGAUUUAAUCGCAGCUAUGCGGGGAAAAAUGCUGCAGCAUAUGGAAAUGGGACUUACUUUGCUCUUAAUGCGAGCUAUUCUGCUAACAACACAUACUCUGUGCCUAAUGCUCAGGGACAAAAGCACAUGUACCUCUGCAGAGUUCUUACAGGAGACUACACCAGAGGGAAUGGAGGGAUGAUUGUCCCACCUCCAAAAAACACCACAACCGCUGAUCUGUACGACACAGUCGUAGACAACCAAGCUGCUCCGACCAUUUUUGUAGUAUUUCGUGAUGAUAAUGCUUACCCAGAGUAUUUAAUAACAUUUACAUAGUCACAUAAGAUUAAUAAUGUCAAACAGUAAAUCUAAGGGCUUGAAAAUAUUAAAUAAAUCCGGUAAAAUAUUUAAAACGUUUCUGUAGGCUUUCAUAAUAUUCAACUAUUUGUCAUCCUGUCUGUGUGAAAUCAAGGCUAAAGUCUCAUGUUCUAAUUAUGAGAUUAGGAGCAUCAAGUUUGAUUUCAAGCAUUGAUUUCACAUUUUACAUAUUAUAUAAAUAAUAGAAGAUAUCAGGGUUAUAUUUUCAUUGAACAUUACACACACACAAAAACAAUUUAGCUGGGUCACAUUUUGACCUGUACCUAUACUUUUGAAGGGCUUUAAUUAGUAAUGUUGGAAAAUGAAUAAAUGGUUAAUGGCAGUGGUCAUCUUUGUAACAUCCUGACCAGAAUUGCACAUUUUGAAUACCUCCUCUUUUAUCAUAUCUGGGUUAUACUGUAGAUUUUCAAAAUUUCUAGUGUUUAACGUUACCAAACUGUGACAUGCUCACUAUAUGCACAAGAAAAGCUGCAUUUGGGUACAUUGAAAACAACUGCACUUCAAAUAAAGAUAUAUACACCUUUAAAUGUUUUAU